CGUGUCUUCACGCAUGCGCACUGGAUGUCAACAUAUGAUGGCGGCCUUGAAAGCGAGGUUAAAACAGUUUGAUGAUCUGCUGCAAGGAGAGACGAUCGACUUGGAUAAACUGAGGAAGAUCUGCUUUAAUGGGUGCCCUUUUGAAAGUGGGCAUAGAGCAGUUUGUUGGAAGCUGCUACUCAACUAUCUGCCUUUAAAAACUAGAGAAUGGGAAACAGAGCUUGCCAAGCAAAGAUUAUUGUACAGAAAUUUUAUUCAGGAGCUGAUAAUCAUCCCAGGCAAAAAGACAAGGUCAAACAAGUCUUCCAAUGGAACAUUAGAAGAUCAUCCCUUGAACCCAAACCCUGACAGUGAGUGGCAGGAGGACUUCAAGGAUAAUGAAAUGCUGGUACAGAUUGACAAAGACUGUCGACGGCUGUGCCCAGAUUUAUUUUUUUUUCAACGAGCAACAGACUUUCCAUGUGACGAGCUAGUCAAUGCGAGUUCCUACGUGGAAACACUUCGUAAACGGGUUGAACACACUGCAUUGAAGUCAGAGACAGUGGCCAAAAACAGGCUGGGCAUAACAUUUAAUAAGUCAAACACUCGCAGAAAAUCUGAAGAAUACAGUACACUCAGAGAUGGUGAGGAAGCUCACUGGGAGGUUGUGGAGCGUAUUCUUUUCAUCUAUGCUAAACUCAAUCCAGGUCUUGCAUAUGUACAGGGUAUGAAUGAAAUCUUGGGACCGAUCUACUACACAUUUGCCACUGAUCCUGAUGAUUCAUGGAGAGUCCAUGCAGAGGAAGAUUCAUUCUUCUGCUUUACCAACCUUAUGGCAGAAAUCCGAGAUAACUUCAUAAAGACUCUGGAUGAUUCCCAGUGUGGAAUUGGUCAUACCAUGUCCUUGCUAAUGGAGAUGUUGAAGAGCCACGAUGCGUCUUUGUGGCAUCGCCUACAAGAGCUGGAACUGCAGCCACAGUUUUAUGCCUUUCGCUGGCUCACACUUAUGCUGUCUCAAGAAUUUCCCCUUCCAGAUGUUCUACGGAUAUGGGAUUCUCUUUUCUCGGAUCCUAACCGCUUUGAGUUUUUGAUCUACAUAUGUCUUGCCAUGCUUAUUCUGCUGAGAGAAGAGAUCCAUAGAAAUGACUUUCCUACAGUGAUGAAACUUGUUCAGAACUUUCAACACAGCUCCAUUGACAUCCAAGUGGUUCUCGCCAAAGCUACAGAACUGUCUUUCAGGAGGUAGCAGGUUGCUGAACAGUGGCAUAUUUUUGUUAUCAAAACCAGGGACCAUCUGUAAGCAAGAAUUCCAGGUGCAACAACUGAUUCUGAAGGAUAUAUAAAAACAAAGCCAGUGAGGAUCAUUGCAUGUAGAAAACUGACUUUUGUAAAGAAAAUAUAUUUAUGCCUAGUGUGUGUGUUUAUUUGUUUUUGUUGUUUUUUUUUUUAGAGGGGGAUGGGGAAGUGAGGCCGAAGCCAGCAACAAUAAUGUAAAUGGACACAGAAAGUAGCAAAUGAUAGGAGUGAUGCAUUAAGUUUGCAUAUCAUCACAUAUCUUACUGUUUGUGGAGAAACAGCUUACUCUUUGUUGAUAAACAGUUUCUCUGUGCUGCUAACCACCAUGAUCAAUUGUAAACAAAAGCUUUCAACUUAGACUUGUUGUCUUUGGUUUGCUUGACUAGAAAGUAGUUUUGAUUAAUUUUUUUAAAAGAAACAUUCUUUUUCCUACAGGAAUAAAUGGAGCUUUUUUGUUUUUAUAUGAUUUCUUUGGUUUAUGCUAAUUGUAGAGCUUAGCCAUUGAUUUAAUUUGCUUUGUUUUUGUAACAUUGGGGAGUCACUGUUUUCUUAUUGCCAAACACAGCUAAUGGUGUCAGUAUUUUAAUAAGUAAUGGCUAGAACAUCAAAGAAUUUUGAAGAGGAUGAAUCUAGUCCCUUAGUACUGCAGGGUAAAUUGAGCUAUUGAGUAUAAGUUUGCAAAAUAUCAGCAACAUUAAUAGAGAAUCAAUAGUAAAAGAAAAAAAGAUACUAGGGAAUGGGAAACUCUCCAAAAUAAAUGAAAAGCAAAAUGGGUAAUUAUGAUUAAUGCAAAAAUUCUUCCACUCACCCUGGGUUUACAUGUGGAAUUUUGCUUAGAAAUUUGCUGAGGAAAUCAUUCAAUAAUCUCUCUGCAGUUUCAUUUACAUGAUGCAGUUAAACCUUUAAAAAAGCUCACAUGGAUAGGUUCAUGUAAAUGUAUUUUAGUAAAGAAAAUAGAUAAUAAUAAUGUGAAUUUAUAAAGUAUGUGUCUUUACCCCACGAUCAAAGGAAAGCUCAAAGUAAUUUACAAAGAGAAAAAAAAUAUAAGCAUACAGGCAUCAUAAUAAUAAUGGUCUCGAAGAGUUCAGCAUGUUCUCAUCUUCAGAAAAAAAUGAAUGCGGUGAUUACAGCUCAGUACCACAGCCAAAAUAUCUUUGCCACAAAUAAGCACUUUAUACAUCAGUUUUCAGGGUAUGCUUCAGGGUAAUUUAAUCUGUUUCAGCACUUUUAGCAUUUUCUGGUGGUCAAGAAGUGCCUGUGGCUGAGCUGUGUUUGGUGUGUUGUGGCCUUCAUUAUGUGAUACAUUUCCAUAUAUAUAUCCAUUUUAUUGCAUUGUUUACUGUACAGUUUCUUUGCAUAUUUGGUAAUUAUUUGAAGCCCACCUAUAUUUGGUUACAUUUUAGUUCCUAUAUCAUCAGAUCACAUGGCAAUAAUGGAUUCUUUUUAAAAACAUUUGAUUAAAUUCUCUGUAAACAUUUACCAAAUGAUAUACCAUUUGUCACUGGCAAGAAAAAGUGUGUUACACAGUGUGAGCAAUUCAAUAUUCAUUGUAACCCUCUCAUUAUGUUAAGCUUUUAUGAUUGAAACGUAAAACUCUUAUCUAAGAAUGCUCCAUACUCAAGAGAAAAAUGCAUCGAUUUCAUGUCAUUUAAGCAUGAUGUCAUGCUUAACAAAAUUAAUCGAAUUUGUGUAUGAAUCAACUUGAAGUGCUUUUUGUCAAUGUAAUAAUUAAGUUUGUAUUGAGGAUACUGAAGUGCAUUGAGUGGGUUUAUUGAGUGUGGUCUACUUUAUAAUGUGUAUAUAUAUAUCACUGCUGUGUGAAUAGUGCCAUGGAAUUAAAAGAAUGCGACUCAGUGUCUCAAAGACAGAUACCUCCCAGAAAGUCUUUGCAAGAUUAUAAAAUAUUUUUGUGAUACAACCAGAAAGGCAUUUCAGAAAACCAAGAUGGUGGCUGUCUUGUGCAUUGUGAGAUUUCCUUUACCUGCUACUGUAUGUUCAGGUUUCUUCCCAAUGUUUUUGCUAAAAGUGGGUAGUGACAGAUCACUUUUUGUAAUUUUACUGGCAACACCAUAAGUAAUUUACUUAAUGCACAUAUAUGAAUUCAUUGUUGGGACAAUAUCUACUUUUUAAUGAAAAAAUUUUUCUUUGAAUUUUGAUUUACUGAGAGAGGCAAUGAAUAAAAUAAAAAUCAUGAAGUUGUACAAAUUUACUUGUCUGGACAUAUUAUAUGCAUAAUUUGGUGAUUAUUUAUGUAUGGCAUUAAUUUUAAAUGAAAAUUUCAUCUUAAAAUUGUGAUACUUGUGUUUUUGGACUUCCUUAUGUUUCUUGUUUUGAUUCUGUUAUGUUAGAACUUAGACACUGAUUUAAUGUCUGGCUUCUUACAUGUUCUCCUCUGAUAGUCUACCACAUUAAGGAAUUUUUCAUCAUUAAAAAAAAGUAUGAACAAAAGUGGCCUGAACAAAACUAUUUAAAAUAAAUACAAAUUUAAACUACAUUCUGGAGCUAACACUGUGUGCUAUCCAAUGGCUUUAUACUAAACAAAUUUGAUGAAACUGUUAGUACACAAAUCCUUAUAAAUCACUAAACACAAAAAGAGGGCAAAAUCAUCACAAUAUAUGGAUAUACCCUAUAAUUAUCAGCUCUCGUAUUAACUGUAAUUAUGACAGCAGAUUUUAGCUUUCUAAUCAUGGCUUUGGCUUCUUUUUGUGCUAUGACCAGUGAAAACUGGGACCAUAUCCACAUAAGUCAUAAUUUCUUUAUGCUCUGUAAACAUUGCUAACCACUCUGGAAACUGUUCUGUUCAGGGUAAACAAGAACGACAUUCAUUUUGUAAAUUAAAGUGCCUCUUUUUCAUAAUUUUUUUUAAAUGCUUGGCCUUCUUUGCUUUUGAUGGUUGAAUGCAACACUUUAUUCCAUUCUUCUGAGAAUUUCAUAAAUUUUAAAAUGUGAAGAACCAGCUGUGCAGACCUUGCUCAAGAUCACAGGAUAAUCAUAAUCAACGGAUACAGAUGGGGGAAUUAGUGUUUUACACCGAGCUAACAACUAAGGCUAUAUCAUGGCAAGGCAUCCAGUUGUAAUGGAUACAUUAAUACAGUAACUAUAGUACAGUGUUCAUAUCUGUUGAAGCCAAGUUUUUUUUUAUCCAUUGUUUUGAGCUGCACACAUUCUACCAAGUAUCAUAAAGACUGGUUUGUCUACUCUAAAUUGACCAUUUGGGGCAUUUGAACUAUAAAACAAAACUUUCCAUUAUUAUUCCUGUUCAUUUAACAUGUUUCAGCUGCAGUCAGGUUCUGUAGCUUUAUUGUAUAAUAUGUGUAUACAUGUAUUUUGUUUAUGCAUUUCUGUAAUUUUGAACAUGGUGUUCACUUUUCUUUAGCAACUAUUCCACUAAAGUUGGUAAUAAUACUCAUUUGCUUAAUUUGUGCAGUAAAAAUUAAUUUCAGAAUACAGUAUUAACAUUAAACAAAAUUGUUUAACCUAUUACUAUUCCACUGGUUUAGAAGGCAAACUGAUUAAAUAAAUAAUAAACUAUUGAGGUAACAAGUUCCCCAAAUUUAUUUACACUGAAAUAAACUUGCGUUCAGUUGGCA